UUAUAAAGGCAGUAAUUCAAAAUUUAAUUUGCAUAGAUUAUUAAAACGGAAAGUUAUAAAAUCAGACCCACUUUCCUCCGCUAAGUAUUACAGUUAUGUCCGCAUAGUUCGUUACUUAUCAAGCCUAUUUUGUGCCCAGUAUUAUCACUUAAAGUAUUAAAUCAUGUCGAAAGUAUUUAUAAUUUCUGCUUGCAGGACUCCAAUAGGAAGUUUUCAGGGGCAAUUUGAGAAACAUUCGGCUUCUGAAUUAGGUGCUAUAGUUAUUAAUGAAGCUGUGUUAAGGGCCAAACUUAUCCCAGAGGAUAUAGACCAAUGUAUUAUGGGCCAAGUGCUUACAGCUGGGCAAGGACAAAAUCCUGCACGCCAAGCUUCAGUUCAGGCUAGAAUUCCACAAAAUACCACAGCAUUUACCGUUAAUAUGUUAUGUGGCUCAGGACUAAAAGCUGUAGCCUUAGGUUUCCAAGCAAUUAAAAAUGAUGACUGCGCAGUUGUAGUUGUUGGCGGUCAGGAAAAUAUGACCAGGGCUCAGCACUCUGCCUAUAUGAGAGGUGCAAAGCUAGGGUCACUUAACUUAUGUGAUACUAUCUUAAAUGAUGGACUUACUGAUGCUUUCCAUAAAGUGCAUAUGGGUAAUACAGCGGAGCAUUUGGCAAAGACUUAUAAUAUUCCCAAACAGGAGCAAGAUAAAUUUGCCCUCUUAUCACAAACAAAAGCAUUAGCUGCUCAGAAAAGCGGAUAUUUUGAUGCAGAAAUAGUUGGGGUACAACAUAAAAAAACCAAGAGUCUCAUUUUGAGAGACGAAUACCCGAAGGCUGAUUGUACUUUGGAAAAAUUAGCUAAAUUACCACUAGUAUUUGAUCAGAAUGGCACAGUAACAGCGGGUAACGCCUCAGGAAUAAACGAUGGUGCUGCAGCUUUGGUUCUUUCCAGUGGGUAUCAAGUGAUGCAAAAAGGCAUGACUCCUCUGGCUGAAAUUUUGGCAUAUGCUGAAGUUGGAAUAGAACCUAUGUGUAUGGGUCUUGGACCAAUAGAAGCAGUAAGGAAAGUUUUAUCAAAAUGUGGUUGGUCAAAAGACGACGUCGAUCUCUUUGAACUAAAUGAAGCAUUUGCCGUUCAAAGUUUGAUAUGUAUGAGCGAACUAGAGCUAGAUGUUAGUAAAGUAAAUGUGACAGGUGGAGCUAUCGCACUAGGGCAUCCGAUAGGAGCCUCUGGGGCUAGGUGCUUAGUCACAUUGAUACACAACCUAAUGCGUUUAAAGAAGAAGAAGGGAGUUGUGGCUCUUUGCAUUGGUGGUGGAAUGGGUAUUGCUAUGGCAGUUGAAUUGUGUUAAAAGUUCUAAAAAGGUGGUCAUGUUAAGCCUUUGUUCAUUUUUCUAUUACCUUGCGUGGUAAUAUAUUUAGAUAAUUGUUGGUGGUAAAUGUUGAUUACCAAGGUUUAUAAAUUUAACAGUCGUUUAAAUUAGUAUAACUGUUUAGAAAUAAUAUGAAAAUCUCUUAUGAGAUUUUUUAUUUUGUUACAUAUUGUCAGGGACAAUAAAAUAGAUUUUCGUAGAAC